AUGUUGUGGACGCGGUGGCUCGUCCUGCUGCUCUGCUGGGGGGCCACAAGUGGCGAGCAGCAGGCGGAUGAGACGGACCAGGCACCGGCUGGUGUCCGUGCGGACUCCCGCAGGCAGCGCUCCCCUCCGCCGGUGGAGCCGCUGGAUUUUGGGUUUGUACCCUCGGCGGUUUAUGACACCCACGCCUACUACGAGCCGGGGAGCGUGGGGAUCCUGUUCCACAUGGUCCACGCGUUUCUCUACGUUGUGCAACCAAACUCCUUCCCCAAAGAUCUCAUUGUUAAAGUCAUUCAGCAAAACAUGGGAGGAAUCAAAAUAGAGGAAUGGAGGAAGCCAGAAAACGUCGUCCUGUUGCUACAGUGGAUCCACUACGAGGCCGGAUUCAUCGUAUGUACAACCGUCGGUAUCGUGUUUGUGGUCCUCGUCCCUAUCAUUGCCACGUGUUUCUGUGUGUGUCGAUGCUGCGAGAACUGCGGAGGCGAGAUGCACCAGAGGCAGAGGAAAAACGCUGACUGUCACCGAGGUUUCUACACCGUCUCGCUCAUCGCCACCUCCGUCUUCAUCAUUCUGGGAGUACUCAUCGCCUAUGCUGCAAAUCAUAAUGUCAGCACCCAGAUCAAGAGCACUCGACGACUCAUUAAUACCAACAUGAGGGACCUGAAGACAUUUGCUAACAACACGCCUGCGCAAAUUGAAUACCUGACAGCCCAGUACACCACAGCGAAGAACAAAGUCCUGUCAGACCUUGACAACAUUGGACCUUUGCUGGGUGGCAGGAUACACAGUCAGCUGGAGAAAGAGGUGGUUCCCUCCCUGGACACUGCCCUGCGCAUGGCAGGAGCAAAAGUUGAGAGUGCCAUCAAAGCCAUGAGGGAGACCAAAGAGGCCCUGGAAACCGUUAACUCCUCCUUGGAGGUGCUGCAGGACGGGAUGGGGAAGCUUCAGGCGAGUGUGUCAAGUGAACGCGCCUCUUUAUCCAACACCCUGUCCGACCCCGCCUGCACCAAUGGAGCCGUGUCUCCUACCUGCAACACCAUCCGCUCCACGCUGUCCCAACUAGGAGUCAACGCUGACUACUCUAAGCUCCCAGAUGUUAGUCACGCUUUGGUCAAUAUUAAUACCAUCUUGAGAACAGAUCUCAGCAACAUUGUACAAAAGGGUUAUGCAUCCUUCAAUGACACACCAAAACUGGUUAAAGAGCAAACUAAAAACAUUGUCUCAGCUUUGCCUCGAGUAAAAGGCAUGCUGGAUAAGAUUGGCACAGAGAUCAUCAGCUUCUCCAAGAUGUUCCCAGUGGAAGCCUCUCUGGCCAAUUUCACCAUCUUCCUCGGUGAAAGACAAAAGGCCAUCGAGUCCUUUUACCCACAGAUUGACCAGAUGGAUUUUUACAGGUGGAUCGGCUGUGUGGCCGUGCUCUGCAUGGUCGUCCUGGUCCUAGCCUUCAACGUCCUCGGUCUGCUGUGUGGCACCUGCGGCUAUGACAAGCAAGCUACGCCCACAACCCGCGGCUGCCUGUCGAACACCGGAGGAAACCUGCUGAUGGCUGGCGUGGGCUUCUCCUUUAUCUUUGCCUGGGUGCUGAUGGCCCUCGUUACUGCCAUGUUUGUUGCCGGUGGAAACGUGGAGAAACUGAUGUGUGAACCUCUGGCUAACCGGCAGCUGUUCAAGAUCAUAGACACACCGUUCCUGGUCCAUCCUGAAAAGAAAAACUUCCUUCCUGGGAUGCUGUUUCAGAAUCCAAAUAUUGACUUGACUUUGGGCAGCAUGUACAGGGAAUGUUACGAGAACAAUGGUCUGUAUCACGCUCUGCAGUUGGAAACGAUGUUCAAUAUCAACUCCUUCCUCAACAGAACUGUGUACAACAGGGAUUUGGCCAAAGUGUUUGAAGGUGUGAAGGUGGAUCUUCAGAACAUCACACUGCUGGAGCAGGCCGGCAGAGACAACCUCAUCAACUUUGCCAACUCUGGAAUUGGACACAUCGAGUAUGACGCUUAUCUUGCUGAGGUAAAUAAGGGAGUCACUCUGGUGGAUCUGCUGUCCUUCGCUACUGACCUGGAGGCUCAGGCCGACCAGCUGCCACGUGGUGCUUUGGAGAACGCACUGAGAGGACACGCCAGCAGUAUCAGACUCAUUCACAGGGAACACGUGGUGCCCAUGGAGCAAGCAAUGAAAUAUGUCAGAGCGCGGAGUACCCUGAGCCAGAGUAUCAAAAAACUGCAGAGGACAUCCAGCGACCUGCCAGUCAAGGUCACUAAUAUCCUGAGCGCCAUUGAUGCAGCAGAGUACCUCAUCACCCAUAAUGCCUCCCAUGUGGUGAAGCAGGAAGCAAAAGGCUACGUACAGAGCUUGGUGGGAUACUUCAAACAGUACACAGAAUGGGUUAAAAACUCUCUAACUGCAGAGGUUGCUCAGUGUAAACCCAUCAGUAACAUUGUGGACAGCAUGGAGAUAGUAGCAUGCAGCUUCAUUAUCGACUCUGUGAACACAUUCUGGUUUGGUCUUGGAGGCUGCUGCAUCCUUCUGAUCCCCAGCAUCAUCAUCUCUGUCAAACUGGCCAAGUAUUACAGAAGAAUGGACACAGAGGACGUCUUUGAAGAUGGACAGGAGAGCUGGAACUGA